CUCGUCUCGUUAUCUCUCUUUCUUGUCUUCUUAAUCUUUAAAUUUGAUUCCUGAUCUGGAUCUAGUGCUCUCUCUGCCGAUUUUCUAGGGUUUUAGUGGUUCAAUCUUUGGUAAAUCUGAAUCAUACGGUGUUGAUUCGUUUUCUGAUUUUUCGAUCUCUGUGUUGCCUCGGUGGUUCUGGUCAGUGAAGCCAUGGAGGCGAUAGAGGAGUUAGUUCAGCUGUCCGAAUCGAUGCUGCAGGCUGGUGCUUUGCUUGCCGAUGAAGAUGUCGACGAAAACACACCAUCGAGGAGAACCUCUACUUUCCUCAAUGUCGUCGCCCUUGGUAAUGUUGGUGCUGGUAAAUCCGCGGUUUUGAACAGUUUAAUUGGACACCCUGUUCUGCCAACAGGUGAAAAUGGUGCAACCCGGGCUCCCAUCGGUAUUGAUCUGCAGAGGGAUAAUUCUUUGAGCACCAAAGCUAUCAUCUUGCAAAUUGAUAAUAAAUCUCAGCAAGUCUCUGCAAGUGCUCUUCGGCAUUCUCUACAAGAUAGGCUGAGCAAAGGUUCUUCUGGCAAGAGCCGUGAUGAAAUAUACUUAAAGCUACGUACUAGCACAGCUCCGCCAUUGAAAUUGAUCGAUUUACCUGGAUUGGAUCAACGGAUAAUGGAUGAUUCACUGAUCAGUGAGUAUGUGGAACACAAUGAUGCGAUUUUGCUAGUCAUUGUACCAGCUGCACAGGCACCUGAAAUUUCCUCAUCUCGUGCACUCAGGCUGGUUAAAGAAUAUGAUUCAGAAAGUACUAGAACCAUUGGUGUUAUCAGUAAAAUAGAUCAAGCUGCUACCGACCAGAAAGUCCUUGCUGCUGUUCAGGCCCUGUUAUUAAAUCAGGGACCCCGGAAUACAUCUGAUAUUCCAUGGGUUGCUUUAAUUGGCCAGUCCGUAUCUAUAGCUUCUGCACAGUCUGGAUCUGUUGGCUCUGAGAACUCUUUAGAAACUGCUUGGAGAGCUGAGAGUGAGAGUCUCAAAUCUAUUCUUACUGGAGCCCCUCAAAAUAAACUCGGCAGAGUAGCCUUAGUGGACACCCUUGCUCGCCAGAUUCGUAAGCGUAUGAAAAUCAGGCUACCUAACCUGCUCUCUGGGCUUCAGGGUAAGUCUCAAAUAGUUGAGGAUGAGUUAGCUAGGCUUGGUGAGCAAAUGGUUCAUAGUGCCGAAGGGACAAGAGCUAUUGCUUUGGAGCUUUGCCGUGAGUUUGAGGAUAAAUUUCUCCAGCAUAUUGCUACUGGUGAGGGUGGUGGCUGGAAAGUUGUUGCAAGCUUUGAGGGAAACUUCCCUAACAGGAUCAAGCAGCUUCCCUUGGACAGACAUUUUGACAUGAACAACGUGAAAAGGAUUGUGCUAGAAGCUGAUGGAUAUCAACCAUAUCUUAUAUCUCCGGAAAAAGGUUUACGAUCUUUAAUAAAGGGUGUCCUGGAGUUGGCAAAAGAACCGUCACGUUCCUGUGUUGAUGAGGUCCACCGGGUGCUAGUAGAUAUAGUUUCUGCUGCAGCGAAUGCUACACCAGGUCUUGGAAGAUAUCCCCCUUUCAAGCGAGAGGUUGUGGCAAUUGCAAGUGCUGCAUUGGAUGUGUUUAAGAAUGAGGCAAAGAAAAUGGUCGUUGCAUUAGUUGAUAUGGAGCGUGCUUUUGUUCCUCCACAACACUUCAUCCGUCUGGUGCAGAGGAGGAUGGAAAGGCAGCGACGUGAGGAAGACCAGAAGAACCGACCAUCAAAAAAAGGGCAAGAAGCUGAGCAAGCCAUACUAAACAGGGCAACUAGUCCCCAAACAGGAGCUCAACAAUCUGGAGGAAGCUUGAAAUCAAUGAAAGAUAAGCCCGAAAAACCAGAGAAGGAUGGACAAGAGACAUCAGCGUUGAAGACUGCUGGGCCUGGUGGGGAGAUAACAGCAGGGUUUUUAUUGAAGAAAAGUGCAAAAACUAAUGGCUGGAGCAGACGGUGGUUUGUUUUAAAUGAGAAAAGUGGCAAGCUUGGAUACACAAAAAAGCAAGAGGAGAGACAUUUUCGUGGUGUCAUUACGUUAGAGGAAUGUAAUAUAGAAGAGGCUUCAGAUGACGAAGAAUCUUCAUCAAAAAGUUCCAAGGAUAAAAAGUCCAAUGGACCAGAUAAAUCAGCUAGCCUUGUGUUCAAGAUAACUAGCAAGGUUCCAUAUAAGACUGUUUUGAAAGCUCACAAUGCUGUCUUAUUAAAGGCUGAGAACGCCGCAGAUAAGGUUGAGUGGGUGAACAAGAUAAGAAAUGUCAUCCAGCCCUCCAGGGGUCUGGGGAAGGGGGAUGGUCUACCCAUUCGGCAAAGUCUUUCUGAUGGUUCUCUUGAUACAAUGACUAGAAAACCGGCUGAUCCGGAAGAAGAGCUCCGAUGGAUGUCUCAGGAAGUACGUGGUUAUGUGGAAGCAGUUCUGAAUAGUCUGGCUGCCAAUGUUCCCAAAGCAGUAGUUCUUUGCCAAGUUGAGAAAGCAAAAGAAGACAUGCUUAAUCAAUUAUACAGCUCUAUCAGUGCACAAAGCACGGCAAGGAUUGAGGAACUGCUCCUGGAGGACCAGAAUGUGAAGCGUAGGAGGGAGCGCUAUCAGAAACAGUCCUCUCUUCUUUCAAAACUCACACGUCAGCUUAGUGUCCAUGACAAUCGAGCAGCUGCUGCCUCCAGCUGGUCCAGUGGUGGUGGAGCAGAGAGCAGCCCGAGAGCUGACGGUUCAGCAGGGGAUGACUGGAGAUCUGCAUUUGAUGCUGCGGCAAAUGGAAGAGUUGACCGUUCCAGUUCAUUCGGCAAUGGUCACAGCCGGCGGUACAGUGACCCAGCCCAGAAUGGUGAUGCGAGCUCAGGCUCAAACUCCAGCAGCCGUCGUACUCCGAAUCGGUUGCCGCCCCCACCACCACAGUCUAGUUCAGGAUAUAAAUAUUAAGACAGGUGACUUCUGAUCGGCUGUUGAGAUACCAUGCAUUCUUGGUGGGUAGGCCUCUGCAGCUUCCUACUUAUUACCAUCAGUCAUUUGAGCAAUAGUUUGGUUUUGAUCUGUUAAAGCAGCUGUAGAAGAAGGGUGGUGUUUGUUUGUACAUAAAGAUUGAUAUUUCUUGAAUACUUUACUCAUUUUUAUAAACCCAUUGGAUUUCAAGGUAUUACUUGAAAUCUGCUUAUCAUAUUCCUCCAUCGCUUAUCUUUUUUCCUUGUGGGGGUUUUUUCUAUAUAUUUUGUCCCUUGGAAGGUACGGUCUGGAUACUGCAAUGUAUUUGUUUGUAUCGAUCCUUGUUGAAGAGUGUCUUUUUUUCUCCUU